CAAACGACGCGUUCGUAUUCACGUUUUGCUCGGCUACGACGGAAUUCGCAUUGUCGACGGUGUCGAUGAUCACAAUACGCUACUUCCAGACUCGCCGUUAUGCAUUGUGCAUCUCUCUACUCAUCUCUGUUGUAUCUACUGCCGAUAUAUCUGCAACAAUAAGAAUAUAUAAUGAUUAAUAAAGUGUCACAGGAAGAUUCUGAUUGGGAGGGAAACAUGGAAGUUCAUGAACUUGUGGUGUAAUGGCGACCUCAUCUCCGUUUCGUAACACAGCAUUGAACAAUGGUCAUAGCCAUUGUUGAACACUAGCGCUAUUCCUACAAUAUGGCCAAGCAUUCACUUAGCAUUUGACACGUAUGUCGUUCUAUCUCGUUUGAGAAUUUUAAAUGCUGAUUGUAUAUAUACUGUUGUCGAUUCUAUAAUUCUACAUAAAUUAAAUUGAAAAUCAGAUUUAAAAAUACUGAGAUAGUGUGGAAAGCUAGAAGAUCAAGUUUUAAAAAUGAGUUCUGUUGUGGAACAACCUUGUUACACCCUUAUAAAUAUACCUUCGGAUGCAGAGCCAUUAAAUGAGCUCCAGUUAAAGCAAGAUCUGGAGAAGGGCGAUGUGAAUGUUAAGGUUGAAGCCCUGAAGAAGACCAUCCAUAUGAUAAUAAGCGGAGAGAGACUUCCUGGUCUUUUGAUGACCAUUAUACGAUUUGUCCUACCUCUACAGGACCAUACGAUCAAGAAACUCCUCCUUAUAUUUUGGGAAAUUGUCCCAAAGACUUCGCCCGAUGGGAAACUCUUGCAGGAGAUGAUUCUUGUUUGUGACGCUUACAGAAAAGAUCUUCAACAUCCAAAUGAAUUCGUUAGAGGAUCUACUCUAAGGUUUUUAUGCAAAUUGAAAGAGCCUGAAUUACUGGAACCCCUUAUGCCUGCCAUCACAGCCUGUUUGGAGCACCGUCAUUCGUAUGUACGUCGAAACGCAGUCUUGGCGAUCUUCACCAUUUACAGGAACUUUGAGUUCCUUAUACCUGAUGCACCGGAACUGAUCGCCAAAUACUUAGAGGGCGAACAAGAUAUGUCCUGCAGACGGAAUGCCUUUCUAAUGCUGCUACAUGCUGAUCAAAGUAGAGCUUUAUCAUAUUUGGCGGCUUGCUUGGAUCAGGUUCCUAGUUUCGGGGAUAUUUUACAGUUGGUCAUUGUUGAGUUAAUCUACAAGGUAUGCCAUGCAAAUCCAUCAGAAAGAGCACGUUUUAUCAGAUGCAUUUAUAGUCUACUGAAUUCCCCAAGUGCUGCAGUUCGCUACGAAGCUGCUGGUACACUGGUUACGUUAUCCAGCGCUCCAACUGCAAUAAAGGCUGCUGCAUCUUGCUACAUAGAAUUAGUCGUCAAAGAGAGUGAUAAUAAUGUCAAACUAAUUGUUCUGGAUAGGCUGAUUGCAAUGAAGGACAGUCCUGCACAUGAAAGGGUUCUCCAGGAUCUCGUCAUGGACAUACUCCGUGUUCUUGGUUCUCCGGCAUUGGAAGUUCGCACGAAGACCCUCGCCUUGUCUAUGGACCUGGUGACCAGUCGUACCAUCGAGGAAAUGGUCCAACUUUUAAAGAAGGAAAUCCUGAGAACUGCUGGCGGGGAACAUGAGGAUGCUGGGAGAUAUCGUCAACUCCUAGUGAGAACUCUCCAUGCCUGUUCCAUCAAAUUCCCUGAUGUAGCUGCUACUGUGAUUCCAGUAUUAACAGAUUUCCUGUCUGAGAAUAACGAGGCAGCUGCAACUGACGUCCUGGUCUUUGUCCGGGAAGCGAUCCAGCGUUUCGAAUCUCUACGCCCAUUAAUAAUCGAGAAGCUUCUGGAAGUCUUCCCUCAAAUACGUUCAGUAAAAGUACACCGUGCAGCACUAUGGAUCCUGGGUGAGUAUGCAACUUCGAAAGAGGAUAUAGAAGCAGUGAUGAGCCGCAUCAGGACUGCCCUGGGCGAGUUACCUUUGGUGGAAGCUGAAAAUAAAAGACAAGCUGGUGAGAAACCUCCGGAGGACGGAAAUACUCCUGCGACGCCAGCACAGCUUGUAACUUCCGACGGAACUUAUGCGACCCAAAGUGCUUUUAGCACAGCUUCAUCUGGCAAAAAGGAAGAGAAACGUCCAGCUCUAGUUCAGUAUAUGAUGGAAGGAGAUUUCUUUAUUGGCGCUUCUUUGGGUACAACCUUAUCUAAGCUGGCACUGCGUUACAAGAGUCUGGAAAAAAAUGCUAAAAAGAGUAACCGAAUGCAAGCAGAAGCAAUGCUAGUUAUGUCCAGUGUACUACAAUUAGGACGAUCCGGGUUACCAAGCAAGGCUAUGACCCAUGACGACACUGAGAGGAUAUCUCUAUGCCUGAGAUCAUUGGCUUGCCCAACUCCUUUGAUACAGAAUGUCUUUACCGAGGGUUGCCGCACGGCCCUUGGUCGAAUGUUGGCUGCCAAGGCUGAGGAGGAUUCUCAAAAUCAAAAGGCUAAGGAGAAACCAGGAAGUAUCGUUCAGGUAGAUGAUGCCAUACAAUUCUUACAACUGAGCCGAAGUUCUGAUUUGACCGGAGGAGCUGGUGAUGUUUUCGAACAAAGUCUAAGUGCAGCGGUUGCUGGAAGACCUGGUUCAGGUGGAGACGCACCAACUCCUAGCGCCUUGAGCAAAGUUACCCAGCUCACAGGUUUCUCAGAUCCGGUAUAUGCCGAAGCACUCGUUCACGUCAAUCAGUACGACAUCGUUCUGGACGUUCUGAUCGUUAACCAGACCGAGGACACACUGCAAAAUUGUACCCUGGAAUUAGCAACAAUGGGAGAUCUGAAACUGGUCGAGAGACCACAGCCUAUAGUGCUGGCGCCCCGAGAUUUCGCAAGCAUCAAAGCGAACGUUAAAGUAGCUUCGACGGAGAACGGCAUAAUAUUUGGAAACAUAGUAUAUGACGUCUCUGGCGCUGGAUCAGAUAGAAGCGUCGUUGUCCUUAAUGAUAUUCACAUUGACAUAAUGGAUUACAUAGUGCCAGCUACAUGCACCGAUGCGGAAUUCCGCCAGAUGUGGGCAGAAUUUGAAUGGGAAAACAAAGUAUCCGUGAAUACAAGUCUUUCGGAUCUAAGGGAGUAUCUGGCGCAUCUGCUGAAAUCUACGAAUAUGCGUUGUUUAACGCCUGAAAAGGCACUUUCCGGACAGUGUGGCUUCAUGGCGGCAAAUAUGUAUGCAAAAUCGAUAUUUGGCGAGGAUGCCCUUGCAAAUUUGUCUAUUGAGAAGCCGUUGAAUAAACCUGACGCACCUGUCGUUGGCCAUAUACGGAUUAGAGCUAAGAGUCAAGGUAUGGCCCUGUCUUUGGGUGAUAAAAUCAAUACUGCGCAAAAGGAAUCACAGAAUAAAGUAGUGCAAGCGGCCUGA